GGAAUUAUGGAUUCUGCCCCAAAAGUUCACCGAGACAUGAAAAUCGAUGAUACAUCGACACAUGAGAGCGGCAGGCAUGUCGAGCAGGCAGAUGACGAGGCUGCGAAGGUCCUGAAUACAUACGAUGGCUCGCUACACUGGACCGAUGCUGAAGAGCGCAAGCUUAGACGCAAGCUCGACUGGAAACUGAUGCCGGUGUUGUGCCUGACAUAUGGCCUCCAGUACUAUGACAAGGCGAUGCUCUCACACGCCGCGCUAUUCGGACUAAUCCCAGAGUUAGAUCUUCGCGGGCAGAGAUACUCGUAUGCGGCUUCGAUCUUCUAUCUGGGCUUUAUCGCUGGCGCAUAUCCAGCAACAGUUCUUGCGCAGCGGUAUCCUAUCGAGAGAGUGGCCUCUGCAAUCAUCAUCUUGUGGGGCAUCUGUCUCACUUUGACAACGACAUGCACAGGUUACAGAAGCCUUUAUGCGCAAAGAUUCUUCCUUGGCCUGCUUGAAAGUGGAAUUAGCCCGAUGUUUAUGCUCAUCGUCGGUUCCUUUUACCGAAAACACGAGCAAGCCUUUCGAAUGGGCAUCUGGUACAGCCUGACAGGCUAUGUCUCCAUCGUCUCACCGCUCAUCAAUUAUGGCUGGGGCCAUGUCAAUGGCUCAUUGUCGCAAUGGCAUUACAUGUACUUCUUCGCAGGAGGCAUCACCAUUCUUUGGGGAAUCAUACUGCUCUUCGUACUUCCGCCAGAUCCAAUUCGCGCAAAGGGGUUCGAUUCUCGCGAACGAUACAUUCUCGUAGCUCGUCUGCGAUCGAACAACUCUGGUGUUCGCAACAAAAAGUACAAGAUGGGUCAAGUCGUGGAACUGUUGACGGACCUCAAGUUUUGGAUACUGUUCCUGAUGGCGCUGCUGAGCAUGGUGUCGAAUGGUGCAAUUUCAACAUUCGCUCCACUAGUCAUCCGGGGCUUCGGUUUCAGCACCCUGAAUACUCUGCUGCUUUAUAUGCCUGCUGGUGCCUAUGCCGGCACGAUGAUGGUCCUUCUUUCGUUCUUGGCGAUGAGAUUCAAGAACAUCCGCACAUGGCUGAUCUUCAGUGGUCAAAUGGGCACCACUUUGGCCGCGGCGCUGCUGUAUGGUCUACCAUUGAAUGAGACCGGUGGUCUUCUAUUCGCCGUGUACAUAUUGCCAAGCACUGGAGCCGCGUAUGGAGUACUGAUGGGACUGCCGAUCGCGAAUACCGCAGGACACACCAAGAGAGCAUUAGCAUCGUCAGGACUAUACAUCGGGUACUGCUUAGGCAACUUCAUCGGUCCCCUCGUAUUCCUCGAACGAGAAGCACCACAAUACGCAACCGGCUUCAUCGUAACCUUGAUCACGGCAGUAAUCUCCGGCUUUCUGGCGCUCGUAUAUCGCACGAUCUGUAUCCUGGACAAUCGCAAACGUGACAAAGCAGGUUUCGUUGAAGGAUUUGACCACGCGUUCGAAGAUCCGACUGAUAAGGAGAACAAGCAGUUCAGAUAUAUUCUCUGAGCCGGGAUGGGAAUGGGAAAGCUAAAUUGCAGUCCAUUAGGCAGAUUGAUUCAGUCCAAUAUGAAGAGUCUCCGCAAGCG